AUGACAAGGCCUGAUAUUGUCUAUGGUGUCAGUCUUUUAAGUCGGUAUAUGGAAACACCAAGGGAAUCACAUUGGCAGGUAGCUAAAAGAAUACUGAGGUAUAUAAAGGGAACUUUGAGUUUUGGAUUACAGUAUGCUUAUGGUGAGAAGCUUGAACUGAUUGGAUAUUCGGACAGCGAUUGGGCUCGUGAUCCAGAAGAACACAAGAGUACUACAAGGUAUGUAUUUUUCUACUCAACAAUUGCUUUCUCAUGGUCAUCAAAGAAACAAAGUGUUAUUGCAUUGUCCACAUGUGAGGCAGAAUAUGUUGCAGUUGCUUUUACUGUUUGUGAAGCUAUAUGGCUAAAAAAUUUGGUGAGUACUCUGGGAUGUUUGAAUCAAGAACCUGUCAUUAUUUAUGUGGACAAUAAAUCAGCAAUAAAAUUGACCAAGAAUCCCAUACAACAUGGCAGGAGUAAACAUAUUGAUACGAGGUUUCAUUUCAUUUGUCAGCAUGUCAAACAAGGAACAGUUGAGCUAGAGUAUUACCAUACUCUUGAGCAGGUAGUAAAUAUUUUUACAAAACCAUUGUCAUUUAAGAGUUUUGAAAAGCUAAGGAAGAUGCUUGGGAUGAAGGAGCUGCAGCAAGGAAGUUCGGCAGGAAAGAUAGAUCAACCAGAUUCAGUUUGA